CAUUUACCCCAACCCCAUUGUGCCAAAUCUCAAAUUGGGUUUUUAUCGGGUUCAGAAAAAGAUCAUGCUUUUCCCAAAAAUUUCAGCCUCAUCCAUUUGUGUGGCCUGGAAUGAGAUAGCCCAAACCAUAUUCCUCCUCCUCCCCUCUCUCUCUCUCUCUCCACAGAAUCAAGUCAGUGCAGAAGGAACACCAGCAGCAGCCAUGGCUAAUGUGAUCAUGGCCUCCUCCAAAACCCUAAUCCCACCUCCCUCAACCACCACCACCACCUCCAAACCCAAGCAACCCAUUUUCUCCCUCCCGAAACUCCACCUCCCCAAGAUCCCCCCCAAUCCAAUCACCCGCCAAUCGAUCCUCUCCCUCUCCUCCGCCGCCCUGAAAUCCUCCGCCGCCGUGGCCGCCUCACUCCUGGCUGCGGCGCCGGCCCUCGCCGAACAGAUGGAGAAGGCUGCACUCUUCGACUUUAACCUCACCCUCCCCAUCAUAAUGGUGGAAUUCCUGCUCCUGAUGGUGGUGCUGGACAAGAUCUACUACACACCCCUGGGCAAGUUCAUGGACGACCGCGACGCCGCCAUCAAGGAGGAGCUGAGCAGCGUGAAGGACACUUCGGAGGAAGUGAAGCAGCUGGAGGAGCAGGCGGCGGCGGUGAUGCGGGCGGCUCGUGCGGAGAUAUCGGCGGCGCUGACGAAGAUGAAGGCGGAGACGCAGGUGGAGCUGGAUGAGAAGCUGGCGGAGGGGAGGCGGAAGGUGGAGGCGGAGCUGAAGGAGGCGGUGGCGAGUUUGGAGAAGCAGAAGGAAGAGGCCAUUAAGGCUCUUGAUUCCCAAAUUGCUGCUCUCAGUGAUGAUGUUGUUAAGAAGGUCCUUCCCAUGUGAAUUGUGAACUCCUCCCUCCCAUUCUCUUUUCUACAUGGGUAAAUUCAGAGACUACUAUUUUUUUUUUUUUUUUUGGGAAAAGAAAAUGAUUGGAUAUUAUGAAGAUGGGGGCAGAACAUCUGGAAUUUAUGUUGUAUGAACUAUGAAGAUUUUUGUGUUUCAUUUGCCAUCAAACGUCAUAAUUAAUGCAAAUAGUUUUUUUUUUUU